AUGAAGGCCGUCACUCUCCCUUUGCUUUUCAGCGCGGUUGCGCUCGCCCAUCCACAGGGUCUGUGGUGGGGUACCGAUUUCUGCUAUCCCAGUCCCGAAAACACCGACAACCAGUGCUCCGAGUCUCAAGAGUCUGGAUUCGACUGGUCUGACCUUGCCAACGGUGAUAACUGGACUUUUGAAGGCUUCAACUUUGUGGGAGUUUCGGCCCAGGAUAACUGUGGUGGAUCCGGAGGCAAAUGCAUUCAAGGAAAGCUUUCACGAGAUGAUGGAUAUGCCAUCAGUGUGGACUCCGUGGACGCUCCGUUCUCCGUCCGUACUUUCCACCUUUCGACAUCCCGGGACACCACUAUCCUUGUCAACUACGAGCUGGCAGAUGGUUCCCACUGUCGCCAGGUGGCUUUCAGUUCUCCCGAGGGCGUUGAUGUCACCAACGAGCAGUGUGGUGGCGCGGUCUCCGUUCAGUUUGCUCUCCCCGAAGACAGCAAGUUCGGCGAGUGUGAUCUGAACAUCCAUUCCAUGGACUUUGACUGUUCUUCUGGACCCAAGCCUCCCCCUACGGCUACUCCAUCUCACACCAUGGAGCCUAGUACGUCUAUGACUGUGCCCACUACGCACACUCACUGGUCCAGCAGCAUGACCCCGGCGACUACUGAGACGCCAAUGACUACCAAGACUAUAAUGACCACCGAGGAACCAAUGACUACUGAGACACCAAUGAUUACUUCCACUGUUUAUACGACCCACGUCUUCACAGUGACUCAGUGCCCUGCCUCUGUGACCGAUUGCCCUAGUCACUCUACCCAGGUGAAGACCUCUACCUGGAGCUUGUCGACUACUGUGUGCCCGUCUCCCACUGAGACUGUAACUAUUACUACAAGCCCGGUCAUUUCAACCACUGCCAAGCCCACUGCAUCCGUCGUGCCUGCUCCCUGUCCCGAGGUGGUCCCUAAGUGCCUGAACACAUGGCUCUCCAUUCCCAAGUGUGACUCCAACAGCGACACUGCCUGCUUCUGCCCAUCCUCCGAGUUCGCAGACAAGGUCAAGUCCUGCAUCCACUCCUGGAGCUCUUCUGAGGAGGAGGAGGAGUCUUCCCUCGCUUACUUCGCUGGAAUUUGCGCCUCUUAUGUUCCCAAGAACCCUGCUAUCGUUGACUUGCCCCCAACCACUUCACCCGCGGUCUCUGUGCCCAUGUCCACUCCCACACCCACUCCCACUCCCACCAAGGGUACUGUCACGCUGGCUCCCGAGACUACUCCUUGCACCACCAUCACAUGGUCCUCUCACACCGUGACUGUCCCGCAGGUCGCUUUCAGCACGGUCACUGUUAGCUCCACCACCAGCGUGUGCCUGAUUCCUGGCACCACUGCCCCUGCUACUACCACCAGCCCUCACACUACCCACAUCUCCACGAUGACCACUUCCUGCAAGCCUACCACUUCAACUUCCACAACCACUGUUCCCAUGCCUACCACUCCUACGCCUACCACGGUUCUUUCUAACGCUGGAUCCAAGACUUUCGUCUCCAGCAUGUGGGCGGGUAUGGCCAUGUUGGUUCUUGGAUUCCUUUGA